AUGUCUGAUCUAAAGAAUUCUCAAAACACAAACCUGUGCAUACCCCCAAGCACAGAUCCUUCACAUGAACGUGGGGGAUCGAGUUUAAGUCAGUUAGGCGAAGAACAAACUUUCAUUACUGUAGACCCGCCAACAGCAACCCCAGUAACUGCUAAAGCGUUUGUUACAGCCCCUGGAUCUGUGUCAGCGAAUAAAAAGGUACUACCUAGACAGCAACCUCUAAAUAGAGCCAAAAUGACAGAGCAGAAUAUCCAAAUGUUGGAACCUCCACAAGUAAAUGAACCCAGCUUGAAUUCGGAAUUUUUGGAUACAAAUGCGUCACUAGUAUCAACAAACUCUAGUUAUCAAAACAACAUAUCCGAUGACAUUGGUGAUGGUGACAGUUAUCACAACAUGCAUAUCAAUGAUGAUGAUGAUGAUGAUGAUGAUGAUGAAGAAGAAGAGGAGGAGGUUGCGGAUAGUCAAUAUGAGUUUACAGGGUACAACAAAUCGUUAGGAUCUACUUUGAAGGAUCCCAUAUUUAGACCAUUGUCUCAAAACUCCACGACAUCGUGUUUGUCAACAACUGCAACUAAAGAUGGUAUCGAAGGUAGACAUAUACAUCGACACGGACCCAGUGCUUAUUCACAGAAUAUAAUAUCAACGACAAUAGGUAAUGGAAACCAAUUUCGAAGUCCAGGACAACUGCACUCUAGUCGCUCCCCUGAGGUAGUGUCGUUAAAUCCAAGUACGGUAGGUAAUGAGUAUGAUGAUACGGCCUUUACAGGUUAUGACGACAUCAAGAUGAACCCACAAGAUAGUCAAAAUGCUAGUAUUGUUAGCCUUCAUCAGCCAUCGAUUACUCAAGAUAGCCCUUUGGAAUCAAAUGCUGAAAUAGAUCGUUAG